AUGAUGUGGUACCAUCGACGCGUUUGCCAAGACUUCGUUAAACAUGAUAUAUUUAUAGUUAAUUUACGUAUUUCAGAUGAUCUUAAGUUCCAUGAUAUCGAAUACCGGAGAAGAAUCGAACUUUUAGGUAACGGUGGUUUUAUAUUUAAUCGGACGGGGGACCACCGGAGUGCACUGUCACGAUUCCUUCGGACUCACAGUGAGAGGCCACUGCACAUACAACAACGCAAAAAACGGUCCAGAGCAGCUUUCUCUCACACCCAGGUGUUCGAGUUGGAACGGCGGUUCAACCAGCAGCGUUACCUGUCGGGCCCGGAACGUGCCGACCUGGCCCACUCACUGAAGUUGACCGAGACUCAGGUGAAGAUAUGGUUCCAGAACAGGCGGUACAAGACCAAGCGCAAGCAGCUGCAAGUGCCGUCCUUGGGUGGUGGAGGUGGUGGAGGUAGUCCGCCUGCCAAAAGAGUGGCGGUCAAAGUCCUGGUCCGCGAAGACGAGUGUCCCAAGGAGGCCUCGCACCAGAUGUCGCCCGAGGCCUAUCACCGUCAGUCGUCCAGACAUGCAGCCCAGGGUGCAGUGGCCGUGGCGGCGGCGGCGGCUGCUGCAGCGGCGGCGGCGGCUAGUGGCGAUUACCGAAUGCAGCAGCUGUUGCAACAGCAACUGCACCAGCACCGAAGCCACUUACACCACCAACGCCUCCACCGCGGAGGUGCUGAACACGCCCCGGUCGGUUAUUUGCACCACCAGCCCACUUUCGGCAACGGGUUGCACCACUUUCCUCCGGGCGCCGUCGCCGCUUCCGGCGCUGCCCCUUACUACUGUUACGAGUACGGACCGGUAGUGGCGGCGUACCUGCAACACGAACCCGGCAGCCGGGUUUCGUCCACGACCACAACCGACGAGUUGCAGGACACGUCCGACGCCGGCAGCGAGUGUUCAAUAAACGUCAUCGACGAGUGUCCCACGUCCACGACGGUCUCCGAGUGA